AUGGCUGAUAUUCUUUUCAGUGUAUGCUUACAUGCUAGAUUCCAAUCAGAUCCUAGAGAAUCCCACUUGACAACUGUUAAGAGGAUCUUUAGAUAUCUUAAAGGUACUACUAACCUUGAUUCGAUUUAUAGAAAAUCCAAAGAGUACAAGUUAGUAGGAUAUUGUGAUGUUGACUAUGCUGGAGACAAACUUGAAAGGAAAAGAACCAGUGGAAGCUAUCAAUUUCUUAGUGAUAAUCUUAUUUCUUGGUCCAACAAGAGACGGUCAGCAAUAACAUUGUCAACAACAGAAGUUGAAUACAUUGCAGCAUCUGGAUGCAACACUCAUAUACUCUAG